CGUUAUCACCCUUUUACGUCCCCGAUCAACAAUGGCGCCGUUCGUGUCGUCUGAGGGAAAUAUUAAUGAUUAAAAGUCUGGUGAACUUGAUAUAAAUGAUUUACAAUUGAAGACAAGAUUAGCAAAAUAAAUCUUUGAUCUCAAAAUCAGUGAAAAUAAUUUCGGAGAUUCUGAUGUUACGGUCACCUAUUCGACUUUAUCAUUUUUAUAUGUUUCAUUUCUAGAUCUUCAUUCAUUUUCAUCUUUUCCGAGGCUUUGACUUUGUUUAUCAAUUGAUGCCAGCAUAGCCUUUACUGGAUUCACGUAUUUUGGUAAUUGUAUGCUUAGGCCCAUAUUCGGUGGACAUACCUUAUUGCGACAUCAACUUAUUUCUUUUUGCAAAAUGUCCGGAGGAAAUUCAGAAUUAAAAUGGAAGGUAAGCAAAAAAAGAGUAACAAAAUAAUGACGAGCUUGUUCUAAAUAUAUCCUUUGGUUACCCGUUGUGAUAAAAAGGAAAACCACGUGAUCCGCGUGACAGCCAAUAAAAAUCUUUGUUUAUCGCGCCCGUUUUAAGUUAGACUAUGUCGAUAUAAAUUAUAUCUUAACACUUUGUAGUUAUUUCUUGAUUAAAGAUAAUACAUAGUAUUAUAUUAGGUAUUUAAUACCUGAAAUUUGUGCAUAAAGCAAUGUCAAAGUCGUCUUUAAAUGGUCCUUUAAAGGUGAGUUGCUUUUAAUAUUUAGAGCUGCCGAGCCCAUGCCUCAGCACAAAUAAGUUUUUUUUUAAUAAGUAGGCCUAGUGUCUAGGUUAGAGGCGAAGGAAGACAUACAUUUAAUGAAGGCCUGGUAAUCGCUGUUUCAGUGGUAAUUAGCCAGAUAAUUAGAUACUUAUGUGUUGCUUUAUGUGGGCAUUAACAUUUAAUGACAAAAUAUUCACCACUUGUUAUGUGUAGGUAAUAUAAUGGCUCCUUAAAAAACAAAUUUGGGCUUGGGUCUUGGGUGCAUUGAGAUUCAGCUUUGUGUUUCAAGUGAAGUUGUCAGCUGUAGUACAAGUUAUUAAAUGGUUGUUUUGAGUAGGUAGGCCUACACAGUGUACACAUCACUAGACUACAGAAAACAGAACUUGAAAAAGAAAGCAGGCCCAAUUUAAAAUAAUAAAAGCCCUAGCCUCCCAUAAACUGAACUAGUUAAAUUUAAAUCAUGAUACAUAUGAUUAGCCAUUAAUUUAAUUAAUGGCAGUGUCUACACAUCCGACAACCGGACAAAUAGUGUAGGAGAUAUUCUUCAGACGAGCAUGUCACGUGACCACCGCACGACUAGUAUGUGUCAUUCCAGCACACAUGUCAUGUGACAAGGACAAGAGACAAGAGGUUGCCGUCAAAAUUUAAAAAAAAGUCUGUAUCUUGGUUUAAAUAUGAUAAGGGAUUAAGGCUCUACCUAGUAGCCUACAUUUAAAAUAUGAACCAAAGAAAAUAAGACCAAUACUUGCCAGUUGACUGUCAAUAGAUCUACUGUCAAAAAAGUUUUAUUUUAGGCUUUUAAUAUUGCGUGAGAAGUAGGCUACCCCAACAGCACACCAUAAUUAUAUUAUAAUAUAUUGGCCCUAUGCCUAUAUUAAGAUGUAGGGUCUAUUUCUUUGUGAACUUUCGACCUCCCUAACUUAAUUAACACCCUCACUAUCAUUUUUAUCCUUUCUUUCUCGCUCUCAGUAUUUCUUCCUUCUAGUAUGCAUUGCCCCCCCCCCCCCAACUUGAAAUAAAAUAUAAAAAAAAUGUUUACCCUUCCCCCCCCCCCCCCCCCCCAAUGCCCAUGCAUCUCCGAUGCCCAGUUUUAUGAUCGACUAUUAGCGGUCACGUGACAAGGCUGACGGACAUAUAUCUGGCCCAACUUUGUUACGGUGGUCAUGUGAACUGGUCGCCGGACGAUUAUCUUGAGGAUUAUUCGUCCGGUCGCCGGACAUGUAGACACUUCAAUUAUUAAUAGGGUAAAAUUUUAAAAAUUAAGUUUUAGCUUUAAUUAGUUGGUUGGAUAGGUACAAUAGGGCCUGAAAAAUGCAAUUCAUCAAUACCAAAUUUAUCAUUGUAGGUCAAUUCUAAAGAAAGUUAUGAUUUUUUUUUUUAUGUGAAUUAUUUUGGGAUAACUUUUAAUUGAUGCAUAGAAAAAUAUAACACCGUCAAACCCGGCUAUGUCGACGGCCUCUGGGUUUGCCAAAAAGCAUUGAGAUAAACGAAAACCAAUAUGGCGGCAAUACAUUAACAUGUGCUUGAAAUUUCUUUAUGUUCACUGUGUGCGUUUAUAAAUGAGAAUGUGCAUGCACAUGUUUUGAGAUAUUUUUUUUUACACGUUACCGCGAUUUAUUUGACGAAGCAAUUGACAUGCUAUAAAAAUGUACAUACAUGUUUGCUAACAACACAAGGCAUGUGAGGUACCACUUUUCCGGAUUUGCGACGCUAAAUAUUUUUCAGCUCCGGAUUCGUGAGUUUUUAUUUUCUUUCGCUCCCAUUCGCCAGUUCAGUUUAUUCAAAUAUGGAUUCUGGGUUUUAAAAAAAAAAUAAGAACGCGCGAAAGCCUAUUGAGCAUUAAGCGACAAGCGUGUUCGCUAUAAAUAUAACUGGUACUGCGACCCCUAUUUUUUGUUUGCAGGCUCCUCACGUCUUGCUGUGUCAAGUUAAUUGCUCGGAGGAUAUUGUCAUUUCAUUUCAAAUACUUCAGUUUGAAAUAGGCACGUUUCUGUUGUAUAUAAUUUUCAAAAGCCGGAGAUUGGUCAUGGGCAACAAGAUAACCAAGGUUAAGUGGUCAAAUUUGGCCGCCUUUUUUGCUGGAGACAUCAGGGUUCGGCGACAUAAAAAAAUUGACAUAAUCGAGGAGAAAAUGCUAAUACAAUGAAUUAGGCGGUUCCACUUCAAAAACCAUGACGUAACAGGCUUGGCGAGUUAACCAAAGUCGAUAAGUGGGUUCGACUGUAGUCACUACAAUAAAAAGUGGCAGAGAUUUAGGUUUGAGAUAGCUUUGUAAAAGAGCAGUAAAUUGAAUUUAUUUAAGGAAUUAAUGAAGAUAACCAAAACAAACCAUAUAUAUCUGUGAUAUCAUAUGAAACAUUUUCAGUAUUCAAUAUGAGCUCAUUAAUAUUCAAAAUGGCUGACAUGUCACAUUCAUAUUUGAAUAUGAACAAUAUUUUCCAAAAUAUAGGGUCAUGUAUAUCAAAUUGUUCCUAUUGAAAGGGGGAAUAAUAAUAAGUAGCAGAUUGAAGGGUGAACUCAUGUUCCUUUAAAAAUUUUAUUUAUUUUAUAUCUCGGAGAGCAAAAUCAAAAAUUGAUAAAAAAAUUUACAAUAUUCAUAUUAUAGUGUGGCAUUAGUUUUUCAUAGAAGCCUCACAAUUAAAAAAGACUUGUGCUGUUAUAUUUGCCUACAAAUUGCUUAAGAUUAUGAAGUUAUUUGAUAGACCUUUAAAUGAAAUAAAACAAUUUUUUUUUUUUUUUUGAAGUAUUUCAAAAUAUCAAUUCAUUUUAGUACUAAACAAAUAUUUUAAAUCCAUUAUUAAGAUAAAACCAAUUUUCUUAUUAUAUCCAUAUUUUAUAUGAUUAUUAUAGUGUGGCAUUAUUUUUUCAUAGAAGCCUCACAAUUAAAAAAGACUUUUUCUGUUAUAUUUACCUACAAAUUGCUUAAGAUUAUUAAGUUAUUUGAUAGACCUUUAAAUGAAAUAAAACAAUUUUUUUUUUUUUUUUUGAAGUAUUUCAAAAUAUCAAUUCAUUUGAGUACUAAACAAAUAUUUUAAAUCCAUUAUUAAGAUAAAACCAAUUUUCUUCAUAUAUCCAUACUUCAUAUGCUUAGACCAAACUCUUAAAUAAGCCUUAUUAUAUAAGAGUGGAACUUGGAAUUUUAAACAGUGGUUAUGAAAAUCGCGUGUGGUAGCAUGUGUUAGAGAAAUUAAAUAGACUUAGCUUUAUUCAACUUGAUACAUAUUUUUACAAACAAAUUGUUGAUAAAAAAUUGGAAGACUUAGCAUUGUUUGGCAUCCAAUUCUCUUUAAAAUGAUGCAUCACACAACCCAUUUAACAAAGAAAUGACCGCAAACCACAUUUUUUUCCAAACGUAUAUGCAAUGUUGAACUGGACAAAAUCAAGGGGCACGUAACUCUGCAAGGGUUUGACACUAGCAAAAAAACUGAUUUACCCAAGUACCUACAGUUAAUAUUAUGGGCAAUUUAAUUUACUUAUUACUAUGCCUGUGCUAAUACUAUUAUAUAUAUGAUAAACAAAUAUACCAUAUUAUAUUUUCUCUUGUUUGUACUUUUAAAACAAUUAAAUUGCAGACACUUUUUGACAACAUGCAAGCGAAAACUGAAGCAGCAUUGAAGAAAUCUAAGCCAGCUAAGCCUAAAGCAGCUGCAGUUGAUGAUGAUAUAAUGGAGGUUGACAAUGUUAAUAAUGCAAACUCUAAAGGAGACAAGAGGUUGUCAGUUGAAAGGAUUUAUCAAAAGAAAACACAGUUGGAGCACAUUCUUCUACGCCCAGACACUUAUAUAGGUUCUGUUGAGAGUGUAACACAGGUAAAACCUGACUGAUAAGUGAAACGUUUGGAAACUUUACUCUUAUCUUAUUAGGCCCUAUAUUAUUGAACAGAUUAAUUUUGAAUACAAAUGAAACCAUUUGAAAACUUUUUUUUUUUUUAUUAACCCUCUUGAGACGGCUGGGCCAGAGUGUCAUCGUUAUGGCGAAAAAGACAAAGGGCGGAUCUAUCAGCCCAAUAAUAAAAGCUUUGAUAUUGGCUGGCUAGUCUUUGUACCAGCUUUCACAUUGCUUCUUCCAUUUCUUGCUCAUCUAAUGGCAGCUCCCAUUGAUAUUUUAUGCUGUUCUGACCUUUUAUAUAGAUUUUUUUUGUACCUACUUACCCCUGUAACUACAAGUGCCAAAAGGCAUAACCCAAGGGGAAUAUUUUAUGUAGUUAUCUAAAAUGAAUAUUAUUCAAAAAUGGGUUAGGACUUCAUAGUCUUCAACAAUCAUAAAAUUAAUAAAAAUUCUGCAGUUUUAUUCUAAGUUUUCAAAAAAAUUGCAUGCAUGCUGCAUUAUGCAAAUCAGUAAGCCUAUAUAUUAUUUUCAUAAAUGUUUUAUAAUGUUUUCACUUUAGUUCAAAAUGAUCGAAUUAGUUUAUUCUAUUCCUUACAAGAAUAUGUAUAGUUUUAUAUUUGUAAGUAAAGUUGUUAGUUUAUUUUUUAUUUUUGCAAACAUUUUUUUUUUGGUAUGCAUGGUGCUUUUGUCAUCUGAAAAUUUGAGUAUAUACAUUUAUUUUCAAUUAUAGUCUACAUAUUCUUUUCAAAUUUAUAAGUAAUAAAAUGGACUAGUCCUGUAUAUUUAAAAUGGAAACUUUGUUAUAUGUUUGUGUUGUUUCUGUAGGAAUUAAUGAUGUUUUUAACAUUAUUUUUAUAGUCAAUGUGGGUGAUGGAUACAGAAAGCAAUAAGAUGAUCCAGAAAGAUAUUACAUUUGUACCUGGCCUCUACAAAAUAUUUGAUGAAAUACUUGGUAAGAAUGGAGUAUUUUUUGCUUAAUUCUUAAGGGUAAAACAUUGACUAAAAAUAAUAAAAUGUAAAUUACAUUGCUAUUUUAUGGGCAUAUUAAGACUGAAGAAUGACCUUACUACCUGCUUUCUGAAUUUAACAUAUUAGUAAGUUAGAAGUGUUAAGUUUAUUUUCCUUUUAUGCCAUCAGCUAUACUCAUUGUUUUUUUUUUUUAUAAAAAAUUUAAUGAAAGAUAUAAUCGCUAUCUAAAAAUGACACAUGGCAAUUCACACACAUGAUUUUUAUUUGCUAAUAUUAAUGAACAUUUUUUAGUUUAUCAUUUUGGUACAUCUUUGCAACACUGACUCCCAUAAAAAAGGCUCUUACUCCUGAAUUGUUUCUUCUACAUUAGAUUAAUGGAUUUACCAAAUUUUACUUCUUGACCUUGAAAUGAAUUUUUAGUUUCAUCAUAUUUUAAUAAUUUUCAAACGCCAUUUUACAGUAAAUGCUGCUGAUAAUAAACAAAGAGACCCCAAGAUGGACUGUAUUAAAAUUGAGAUUGAUCCGUAAGUUUUAAUUUACUUAUGAAGGAUGUAUUUUUUUUUUUUCCAUUAUGUUAAAAAUGUUUGAGUGUAGCUAUUGAUGCUUCCUUGUAUGUGGUGAAUUUUGGGGGUUAAAAUUCAAAUGACAUUUUCAUCAGGGAAUCCAAUAAAAUCAAGGUGUGGAAUAAUGGCAAGGGCAUCCCAGUUGUUGAACAUAAGACAGAGAAAAUGUAUGUGCCCACUAUGAUCUUUGGCCAUCUGCUUACCUCUAGUAAUUAUGAUGACAGUGAAAAGAAAGUCACAGGUAUGUGAUACAUUUACAUAUUAUUUAAGCUGUGCUUCAAUAUUGCUUAUAUAACACGAAAUUUUUGUUUGAAAUAAAGAUUAAGCAGUAUGCAGUAGUAAUAAUUAAUUCAGUGACGCUGAUCAUGUAAUCAUGCAUACUGAUGUGGACAUUUUAAUAUUUUAUCUUUCUUAUUUUUCAGGUGGUAGAAAUGGCUAUGGUGCUAAGUUGUGUAACAUCUUUAGCACAAAAUUUAUUGUUGAGACAUCUUGCAAUGAAUACAGACGUGCUUUCAAACAGGUAAUGAUUAAUCGAAACAAGUAUACUUCAAAUAGAUUUAUUUCCUGUUAAUAGAAUUAAAAAUUUAAAAAAAAUUAUAGUAGCCCAUAGUUAUCAUUACAUUUCAGACUGAUGAUGAUAUUGAUUCAGUAUGGGGUGGAUGAUCAUUGUGUAACUUGUUCUCACUUCAGAUCCAAGUACUUGUAGCUAAAUAUAUAUUUUGUAAAUGCUGACAUGUUAAUAGUUUUUUUGCCUCUGUUGAAUUUUUGUUCAAUUCUAUUCACUUAAAGACACAUUGUUUCCAAAGUAUUUUAUUUCACCAGGAGUAAUGUGUUCUUUAUAAAUUCAUUUGAAUUUUUAAAAUAUUUCUUUAGAUUUAGUUUAGCUUUAUUUGCCAUUACUCUGGAAAUAUAAGGCAAAUGUUUAAAGAAGUGUUUCCUAACAGGAUGUGUACGCCCCCGUAACAGGGGGGCAAUUCGAAGAUUAUGGGGAAAUAUAAUUUUAAUCCAAAGGUGAUAUGUAUUUACAUUUCAAAACAGGGGUCGGAACAUAUACCAGACCUGGUUACCCUCAAACUCUUAAAAUCGUACAAUAUCAUCAUAAAAUUGUUCAAUACAUUAUCUAAUAGUAAAAAAUAAACAUACAGUAUAUAUAAUGUAUACACCUCAAAAUCGUACAUUGUAUGCCAAAAUCGUAAGAGUAAACAGGUCUGAUAUACCUUUUUUAGGGGCUCAGGUGGGCAAAAAAGUUUGAGGAACACUGGUAUAAUGUAAAUAAAUGUCACCACAUGUGAAAAUCUGUAAAUCUAUUUGUACAUACAGUUGAAAUAUUCUGUUGCCUAUAUUUUCAUUUUCGGUUGUCUAAAACUAAACAUUUUUCCUUAUGGGACAAAUAGAUUAUAAAUUUAUGUUGAUAUUAAUAUCUUUCAGACCUGGGCUGACAAUAUGUCUAAGACAAAAGAACCAACCAUUACUGAUGCCAAGGAUACUGAUUUCACCAGUGUCACUUUCUAUCCAGACCUCUCAAAGUUUAAAAUGGAGAAAUUAGAUGAAGAUGUUGUUGCUCUGUUUACAAGGAGAGCUUAUGAUAUUGCUGCAAGUGCAAAGGGGGUCAAAGUCUUCCUAAAUGGAAAACGUUUGCCGGUCAGUUGGCUUUCACUUAGUGAUAGUGGAAUAGUUAAAAUUCCUGUAAAAAAAAAAACAAGAAAGGAAAUCAAGAUUAAAUUUUGCUUUCUAGAUUAAACCUUUAGCACCAUCUCAAAUUUAAUUACAAUAGUUUAUUUUGAUGUACUGUUUUAAACCCUAGAGUUGAAUUUCUUCAGAUAUAAAUUUUUAUCAGAGCUGAAGCUCAAAUCAAACUCUAUUUUUCUAUGUUUUAAGGGUUUUCAUUUUCUGCUACAUACAGGUAAAAAAUUUCAAAGAUUAUAUAGAUUUUUACCUGAGGGAACGCACUGAUGAAGCAGGUGCACCACUUAAGCUUGUCCACGAAGUAGUCAAUGAUAGGUGGGAGGUGGCUGUUGCCAUGAGUGACAGGGGUUUCCAGCAAGUCAGCUUUGUCAACAGUAUUGCAACUACUAAGGUAAUUUUUAGCUGUGUAAAUCAAUUACCUAUAUUGGAAAAGUAAGCUUGUGAUUUUAAUGGGAAUAGGAUGAUUUGUGAUUAUGUAGUAGGAACAUAAUCAUAAUUUGAAGUUAAUUGACCAGGUCUUUAAAUGUGCAAGGAUAAAUUUGUCAAAUGUUGUCUUGGUUCAGACCUGUUUACUCUUAUGAUUUUGGCGUACAAUGUACGAUUUUGAAGUGUUAGCAUGUAUACUGUGUGUUUAUUUUUUUCUAUAAAUAUAAGGUAUUGAACGAUUUUGUGAUAAUAUUGUACGAUUUUAAGAGUUUGAGAGUAAACAGGUCUGCUUGGUUGUUGUAUAAUAAUAAUGUCUUUGAAGUAUGCUAUCUUUUUUGGUAAUGUUUUACAUCUUGGCUUCCUGUUUUCUACAACAGGGUGGCAGGCAUGUAGAUUACAUUUCAGAUCAAUGUGUUAGUAAGCUGAUUGAAGUAGUGCGAAAGAAAAACAAAGGUGGAGUUGCCAUCAAGCCUUUUCAGGUAAUGUACAGACGUCUGAGAGAAUUUGUUUCGUGUUAUUUUUUUUAUUAUUUGAAGAUUUAUAUCAAGCUUUUCCAUAACUUGUUCUUCACACAGCUUGGACACUGUCACAAUAUUAUUCUUUAAUUAUUUGAGAGGGUUCAAUAGGUUUCACCCUAAGUUUAAUCUUUAAAAUCUCUCAGGUGAAAAACCACUUGUGGGUGUUUGUCAGCUGCCUUAUUGAGAACCCCACCUUUGACUCACAGACCAAAGAGAAUAUGACAAAGCAGGCCAAGUCUUUUGGCUCUAAGUGCCAGCUCUCAGAAAAUUUCAUUAAACAGGUAUGACAGUCACGACUAAAUCAUGUUACAUUAAAACAGCUUAAUAAAAUCCCAUUUUUUCAUGUUAGGAUAUGUGGACAAUCUGUAAAAAAUAGUGUCCCUUUUGUAAACAAGUGUGUCAAUCUUUAAAAGAUAAUUUAAUGAAUUUAUAGGUCAGCAAAUGUGGCAUUGUGGAAAGUAUUUUGUCCUGGAUGAAAUUCAAAGCACAAGCCCAGCUUAACCAGAAAUGUCAUGCCUCCAAACACUCCAAGCUCAAAGGUAUACCUAAACUUGAUGAUGCCAACGAUGCUGGUACUAAGAACUCUCAUUCUUGCACCCUUAUUCUCACCGAAGGAGACUCGGCCAAGUCUCUGGCUGUGGCUGGUCUUGGUGUCAUAGGCCGUGAUCGCUACGGUGUCUUCCCACUCAGGGGUAAACUCCUUAAUGUGAGGGAAGCAACGCACAAACAGGUCCGUAGUUUAUAUAUAUAUUUAUUUAUUUAUUUAUUUUUAUAUACAUUUAUUUAUUUAUAUAUAAAUAUAUUUAUUUAUAUAUUUAUUUAUAUCUAUUUAUAUAUAUAUUUAUAUAUAUAUCUAUUUAUAUAUAUAUAUUUUUAUAUAUAUUUAUAUAUAUUUAUAUUUAUAUAUAUAUUUAUAUAUAUAUAUUUUUAUAUAUAUUUAUAUAUAUUUAUAUAUAUAUUUAUAGAUAUAUUUAUAGAUAUAUUUAUAGAUAUAUUUAUAGAUAUAAAUAUAUAUAUUUAUAUAUAUAUUCGCUAUGCAAAAUAAUUUCUUUAUGUAUGUUAUUUAAUGUAGAAUUUUUAGAAUAUGUUUAUAUGCAAAAGUUUUUUAAAAAAACACAAAAGAAUUGGCUAUAUUUUGUGUGACCUUUUUCUGAAUUCUUGCUGUUAUUUUGAUUUCCAUUUUGAAGAUCCUGGACAAUGCUGAGAUCAACAACAUCAUUAAAAUUUUAGGACUGCAUUUUAAAGAAAACUAUGAUGAUCCAGUCAAGCUCAGUUCAUUACGUUAUGGCAAGAUGAUGAUCAUGACAGAUCAGGAUCAAGACGGUUCUCAUAUCAAAGGCCUCAUCAUUAAUUUUAUUCACCACUUUUGGCCUAGUUUACUUCGACACAACUUUGUUGAGGAAUUUAUUACACCUAUUGUUAAGGUUUGUAUAGUUAGCUUUUUUUGUUACAUAUUAUAUAUACAUUAUAUAUUAUAUAUAAAUUAUAAAAUUUUUAUUAGAACUUAAAAUAAUCUUUAGUUCUUAAUGAACUAUUGUCACAUUUAGAACUAUUAAAUUAUCUAUUGUCGGUCUUUAUUUAUAUUUUAUUUUGUCAAUUUUACAAACAAUUUAUAUUGUUCUGGUGCAGGUGAGCAAAGGCAAGACAGAGUUAUCAUUUUAUAGUUUACCUGAGUUUGAAGAAUGGAAAAAAGCCACAGACAACUGGCAUACAUAUAAAGUCAAGUACUACAAAGGUUUUUUUAAAUUUUUCCUCUUUCAGUCUGUGUAUUCCAGUGAUAUUUUUGUUAGAAUUUACAAAUUAGUUAAUAGAAUAGUGUAGAAAAAUCAUAGAUUAGAUAAAGUAUACAAUUUGUAUCAGUUAUCCUAUGAGCACUUUGUUUGAAUUUUUUUAAUGUAAUCAUCAUCAUCAAUGGCACUACAGCCCAUGUAGGGCCCUGGCCUGCUCCACCACAUCCUUCCAUUCGGAGCGAUCUAUGGCUUUCCAUUUCCAUGCUCGAACCCCCAACUGGUGUAAAUCUGUCUCCACAUCAUCAAUCCACCUCAUCCUUGGGCGACCGAUGAGUCGUCUGCCCCUAGGCUUCUGCCUGUAUAUAAUUUUGGCUGCUCUGCAUUCCGGCAUCCUUUCAACAUGACCUGCCCAGUGUAUUCUGCCUUUUUUUUAUCAUUGUGACUAUGGGUGGUUCUUUGUACAAAUAGUAAAGUUCUUGAUUUGUACGUAUUCUCCAGAUAUCAUUUUCUAUCACUGGUCUGUAUAUUUUGCGGAGGAUUUUCCUUCCCAUGUGUUUAGCAGGUUCUCUGCUUUUCUGGUGAGGGUUCAGGUCUCACUAGCAUACGUUACUGCAGGUCUUAUGGUGGUGUAUAUUGUCUUCUUUGUUCCCCUUGAUAGGUUUUUGUUUCCCAGUAGCUUUUGUAGACUGAAAUAGGAACGGUUGCCUGCUGUUAUCCUUUCUUUCACCUCUUACAUUAUGUCAUUGUGCUCAUUUAUAGUUGCCCCUAGAUAUUUGAAUGUGGCCACUCUCUCAAAUUUAUGGUUGUUUAUAUUGAUGUUAUUAUCAGCAUGGGAGUUUCUUGACAUUAUCAUAUAUUUUGUCUUCGGUUCAUUUACAUCAAGGCCAGCUUUGAAUGAGGCAUUUUCAAGUUCCCUGAAUGCUUUAAUUAUGUCAUUACGGUUUCUACCCAGUAGUGCUAUAUCAUCUGCACAUGCCAGGUACUGCAAUGGUUGGCUAGAUAAGGUUCCUGAUGGUCGUUGCUCUGUAGUAUCUCUCUGGAAAUAGUUUGUUAUGGUUCCACUGGUGCUAAUGUGUAUGCUUCUAAUAACUUUUUCUAGCGUGAUGUUAAACAGGAUACAUGAUAGUGAGUCUCCUUGUCUGAGGCCCCGAUUAACUAUGAACUCCCUAGAGUAUUCUCACUGAACCUUGAUUCUAUUUUUGGAGUUGGCCAUUGUCAUGUGUAUGAGCCGAGUAAGCUUGUUAGGGACUCCAAGUUCUUGUAAAGCAUUGUAUAAGUAAUUCCUGUUUACGCUAUUGUAUGCUGUUUUGUAAUCCACAUAUUAAAUGUUGGUUAAAUUUAACAAAACCACUUAUUGAUAAUAAGACAAAACAUCAGUAAAAUACACCUUAAUUACUAAUUUUUUACAAUUUGAACUUUUCACAUUCUAUUAGGUUUGGGUACCUCUACUUCAAAAGAGGCCAAAGACUAUUUCAGUGACAUGGAUCGACACAGAAUUCCUUUCAAAUAUGGUGGUGGUGAAGAUGAUUCUUCUAUACAUCUAGCUUUCAGCAAAAAGAAGAUUGAAGAGAGAAAAGAAUGGCUAACAAAUCAUAUGGUAGAGAAGAAGCGAAGAGCUGAAAUGGGAUUACCAGAGGUGAGUGGCAUUUAAUAAGAAGUUUGAUUUUAUUGUAUUAUAUCUCAGUAUAGUUCUAUAAGGAUUAGUUUGUAGAAACUUCUUUUAAAAAUAACUUAGACUCUCCAUUUCAAGUAUCAAGUAGAUGUUUUUAUAAUUUAUAAAUGGUCAUUUGUGAAUAAAGCCUGUAGAAUUGUAAUUUUUUUCUCAACUUUCAGCUUUAUCUUUAUGGAAAGGAAACCCGCAGCAUUACUUUCAGUGACUUUGUCAACAGGGAGUUGAUCUUGUUCAGCAACAUGGACAUUGUGAGAUCCAUCCCCUGUUUGUUAGAUGGGCUUAAACCAGGUGUGUUAUUUAGAAUUUCAUUUUAUAUUUUUUUAAUAAUUUGCUUAAGAAUAAGAGUUUUUUUCCCCCCCUCUAUAAAUAAUUUUAUAAUGGGGUUCAGUGUGAACCUUUCAUUUUAGUAAAUUAAAUGAAUAGCAGAUUAGUAGAUGGGAAAUAAAAUAGAAUAUCCAAGAUUUUAUUGGUCAAUGAUCUUAACUGAUUAACUACCAAAUUGAAAAUCAGGCUGUGGCCGGAUUACAUUAAGGUCAAAUUUUCUCAUUGAAGGUGUAUGUACAAAUUCAGCUGCAGUUUUCUCAAUUAUCUUCUGAGUAAUUAGCCAUUUUUUAGGUAAAUGAUUAGUUAAUGAGAUAAAUGUGAAACAUUUGUAAAUAUAAGUUUUGGUAGGAAAUUAUUAAUUGUUAAAUAAGUAAUUACCAGACCUGUUUACCCUCAAACUCUUAAAAUCGUACAACAUCAUCAUGCCAAAAUCGUAAGAGUAAACAGGUCUGUGUUACAACAAAAAAACAAUUAAAAAUAUAUGUCAACUUACCUUAAAUUUUAAAUUUCCAUAACAAUUAAAGCCUAUUAUUUGGUGGUUUUCAAAUGGUAUAUCCAAUAAUAAAAAAAAUACAUCAGAGAACACAGAAAUAGAAUAAUAUUUCCACUUCCAAUUACUUGUAUGCAUUUAGUAACCCUGUCACUUGUUGCCACGGUAAACAAGGUGUACCAUUUUGUAACUAGCUUGGAAAUUAAAUCAAAACUAAUUAAUAGCUUGUUUUUUUUAAACAUUCUGCAGAUAGCAUGUGGUCUGAAAAUAAACAUCCUGUCUUUAAAUUAAAAUCUGAAACGAAAAAGGGAACGGAAUAAUAUAAAUAUUUGACCUGAUUUACUAAGAUACAAACAUUGGCGCUACCAGCAGCUCGUGGCCAUAAUGAAAGAAAUCCAGAGCCACUCUCACCUGCUCAUGAUAGUUAACCAGUUAAUCUGUUGGAUGACUUAAAAAUGUCAAUAGCAUUACAGAAAGCCUAUUAGGUCAUACAUUCUGCUAUGAAAAUCCUUUCUUACAUUUAGCAAUAAUAAUAAUGUAACUACACCUAUAAAGGUCAGAGGAAGGUCAUUUUCACUUGCAUCAAGAGGAAUCUGGUGAACAAAGAACUUAAGGUUGCUCAGCUUGCUGGUUCAGUUGCUGAGCAGUCUGCCUACCACCAUGGUGAGGUAAGUGUUUAAUAGGAUAAUGUUUUUUCCAUCAUUAUAUUUAUCAUAAAUAUUUAUUGAUAUCACUUGUCAUUUAAUUUUGUAUCUUGUUGUCAUUAUUGAGAAUUAUUUCAGUUUCUCCACAAGAAGUUCAUAAAUUUAAGCAACAAAAUGGUGUUCAGGAAAUAUUUUAUCUCAACUUUUAGCAAUCUUUGAUGUCAACCAUCAUUAACUUGGCCCAGACGUUUGUUGGUAGCAAUAACUUGAAUCUACUCCAACCACUGGGUCAGUUUGGUACAAGAAUUCAUGGUGGUAAAGAUGCUGCCAGCCCUCGUUACAUUUUCACCAUGUUAAGGUAGUCUAAAAACACUCUUCUUAAACAGAUAACAUUGUUUAAUAAAUAUUCCUAUCUUCACAUUUUUAAAAGCUGAGACUAUAAUAAUCUUUUAGAAUAUUAACAAGUAUAUGCAUCAAUCUUACAGUACUAAGUGCUUUCAACAAUGAAUUCAAAGUAAAUAGUUUUAAAUUAACUUACAGAAUUGCCCUUUUAAAAAAACCAAACAAAAAAACAUGCAUUUUAGAAGUUAAUAUUUGUGUUUCUUCUUUCAGCCCCUUGGCUCGUCAUGUGAUUAAUGCCAAUGAUGAUGCUUUGCUUAACAACUUGUAUGAUGACAACCAAAAGAUAGAGCCAGAAUGGUAUCUUCCCAUCAUCCCUAUGGUUCUUGUCAAUGGUGCUGAGGGCAUUGGCACCGGGUGGUCCACAAAGAUUCCAAAUUAUGAUGUGCGUGAGAUAGUUGCUAACCUCCAGAGGUUGCUUGAUGAUGAGGAGCCUUUACCAAUGGUACUUUCUUUUAACUUUUUUAAUAAAAUGCAGUUUUUUUUUCUUUUUAUCAACUAUAUUGUUUCAUACUUUUCAGAUUUUUCUGACAUUAUUUAGAAAGUUUUUUUAUUAAAAAAAAUAUAGCCACCUCCAUAGGUUAAAUGCUAAUUUCUUUUAUCCUAGAUGGUUUUUGCGACAGGCAUUUAAACAGUUAUUGUACAAUAAUUAUGCUUUGUUUUCAGAAUUUAAAUAAUUUAUUUUUAAAAAAGUAAAAUUGAAAAAAUUUAAUUUCUGAUGUGACUACUACAAUUUUGGUGAGUGUUUCAAUUCAUUUCACUUGAAUUUCAAAAAAAAAAAAUUGAAAUAUUUAUAUUUUCAUACUUAAUUGUAGAUUAACUUUUAAAAUUCUCCAUCCAGCUGCCUUCUUACAAAGGGUUCAAGGGUGUAAUAGAAGAAAUUGGCUCAAAUGAUGGUCGUUAUGCUGUGCAUGGAGAAAUUUCUGUCAUUAAUGAAUCAACUGUAGAGAUUACAGAGUUGCCUGUGAGAACAUGGACUCAGAAUUACAAAGAAGAUGUUUUGGAAGUCAUGUUGCAUGGGACAGAAAAGCAGCCUGCUAUAAUCAUGUAAGUUACUUUAAAUUUAAUAUAACAACCAUUUUGAAAGAACAAAAUAUAUUAAAUUACAUUUACAAUAAUAUUAUUAUUAUUACAGUUCACUUAUGAUUUAUACCUUUGUAAUGUUUGAGAACAUUACAGUUCCUUGGAUUGUUGGCAGACACUGUAUGACAAAUUACAUUUACUGAUAGUCUGGCGUUCAAAUCCUAGCAAGACUAUAUGUCCACACUGCUGUCCUCAAUCUGCAUUUGGAGUUAAGAGGCUCAAUAUGGAAACACUAAUCAUUACAAAAAAAGUAUUUUGAUUUUUACGUUAUAACAUCAUUUAAUAACUUAUGGAUGUAUUUGUUUCACAGAGACUAUAAAGAAUACAAUACAGAUUCUAGCAUCAAGUUUGUUGUCAAGAUGGCCCCAGAAAAGCUGGCACAAUAUGAACAAGAAGGUCUCCACAAGCUCUUCAAACUGUCCUCAACCAUUUCAACCAACAGUAUGGUAAGAACUUAAGAAUUAGAGGACCAAUGCUUUAAGGUUAAAUCUGGUCCAAUUAUCUGAAGUUUGUUUGAGCAUCAGUAAUGAAUGGAGGCAAGAAAGACAAUUAGAUGUGUAAAGCUAAUUAAUAUUAAAUGUUAUCAAAAGAUUUUCAAAAGCAACAGAAUUUCUUGGGCUGGACUGCAUAAGGGGAACAUAAAGUUUAAAAAAUACACUUGUCUUGGAAUAUUUUUCUUGUGGAGUUUAAAUCUAAAUUAAUUAUUUAAAGAUAAGACAGUUACAACUUAAUUGUUGCCUUUCCAUCAACCAUCUUAUUCAACCUUUAUUAAGGUUCUGUUCAACAGUGAAGGAUGCAUUAAGCGCUACGACAAGGUAGAGGAAAUCUUAAAAGAAUUUUACACAGUUCGUAUGGACUACUAUCACCGUCGAAAAGAUUACUUAGAAGGAAUGUUGUCAGCGGAGUCCCUAAAGAUGGACAACAUAGCCAGGUUCAUCAUGGAGAAAAUUGAAGGAACUAUAGUUGUUGGUAAGUCUUUACCUCUUUUGAUGUUUAAUUUUGUUACCAGGCUUUCUGUCUCCCUACUGUUUUCUUCUUUUCAUAAAUUCCUAAUUUAUAAGUCUAAGUUGUUACGAGAUAUAUUUUGUAAUCUUUCCUUAUUUGUAAUCUCCAGAGAAUAAACCAAAGAAAGAACUUAUUCAGACCUUGGUGAGAAAAGGUUAUGAUUCUGACCCAGUCAAGGCUUGGAAAGAAGCCCAGAACAAAGGAAAAGUAUGUAUUAAACAUCAAUACUAGUCAUAUUAUGUAUUUAUGUUGUUCAUAUUAUUUUAAGUUAAGGUAAAUAAUCAUAUAUUUUUUUGUGCCUUUCUGCUGCAUACAAGGAUGGAGAUAAAACCGUAAGUAUAUAAUAAUAUGUAUAUUUAUACAUAUUAAUAAAUAAAUAUCCAUUGCGACUUUUUAAGGUUGUAAACCAGUGUACAACCUUUUUGACUAUGUGGGCCAAAAAAUUUUUUAUUCCACAAACCAGAGGGCCGAAAAUGACAUCUCAAAAGAAAGAAUUAAAAAAUUUUAAAGUAAAUUAUUAAUAUUACUAAUACUUCUUACCUUGUGCAUAAAGAAUCAAAUAUCCAUUAGCAUUAUAGGUUCACCAAGAAUAUAAAUGAAUUGAAUAAGAAAAGCUGUAGCACCUUUUUAAUUAUAUAUUUUGCUUUGAAUUUUACUGGAAAUUCUCUUAAGUUGAUGUAAUCAGUAGCAUCUGCCCUCAUUAGAUUUUUAAAUGUUCAUCAGUAAUUUUUUUUUUUUAACUUGAUGUUGGUCAUUACAGAGAAUCCAACCCUACUGAUGUAGGUGCUUCCAAAAACAUGGUCCAAAUUUUGUUACAUUUCCAUAGUUGUGGAAAUUCAUCAGAAGAAGGUCAUCUAGAAUUUAUUUGGGGCCACGCAUUCUUAUGCUUGUUUAUAAAAAUACUUUCAAGAGUAAUUCCAGACCUGUUUACUCGUACGAUUUUGGCGUACAAUUUACAAUUUUGAGGUGUAUACAUAAUAUAUAAUGUAUCUUUUUCAAUAGUAUUAAUAUAAUGUAUUGAACGAUUUUGUGAUAUUUGUACGAUUUUAAAAGUUUGAGGGUAAACAGGUCUGUAAUUCCUACUGUCUCAGACAAUUUCUCCCUGAAUGAAUUGCAUGAACUACAAACGAUCAAAAGCCUGUAUCCAGCUUUCUACUCAUUGAAAGCCCCACACUCCGAUCUCUGAAUACCCGGUACUUGUCCUUAACGUCACAAUACAGGAUGGACACACAAAUCUCCCAUACUUGGCAGGACUAUCUGCUACCAUAAAUAGUACACGCUACCCACUGUAGUCAUAUGUGACAGCUGUACGCCAGCUGCCAUCUUGAUGACUCUAACACGAAGAUUUUCCUGCCAUGUUAUCAUCUCACAAAGCGCAGUAGUUAACUGGUGGUGCUCUCCUAUUUCAUCUAACUUGGUCCCAUGGGUGGGAACAUGGACAUUUUUACAAUGACCAAAUUAUUACAUAAGUUACUUUUGGUUUCCCUAUUCAUCUUUCUCAACGCUGUUAGUAAUCAUACCCGAUACUCCAUGACGUAUUCCCUGUACAAGCAACAGAAAGAAGGAGCAGAUAGUAUUCAAUUAUAUGUCACCCAGGUUCCCAAAUGUUUGCUUUGCUGAUGUGCGCAACAUAAAUUAAUACUAUCUGUCAACCCAUCACACUCCCCCUUUUCCAUGUUACAAUCAGCAUGAGGCCACAGCUUGGACAGCACUGGUGUAAACUAUAUUUUUUGGGUUGGAUCAGCCAGCAAUUUUUUUUAAAUUUAAUUUUUGUCUGUAUGUGUGUUUCUUGAUUUUUGACAGCACUCGGUCAUAAUUCUUGGUGAACAUCUAAUUUGUUUCAAGAUCACAGCUUACACACAUACACUUACGUCCAUGAAACAUUUAUUCUUCAGUUUUUAUAAUGUAUAAUCAAUGGGUUAAAAGUUAUUUAUGUACUGGAUUGAACAAAAUCUCAUUAUUUUUGGUAAUAAAAUUUAAAAAGUUUUAAAAAUCUUUUUAAAAUGACCAAAUAAACAGAUGUUUGUAUACAACUGAUAGAAGAAAUGUUAAUUUGUGUGAAUUUAGAUGUUCUUGUUUAAUAAACUCUAGAGUUAAUUUACAAAACUUAGUUUAUUACUACAUAAAAAUUUAAGAGAUGUCUGAUUAUGAAUUACUUAAAUAUAUGAUUAGCUUAUUGUUUUCCUCGUCCUAUUCCAUUAGGAUGAUUUACUAGACACUGAACAGGAAGAGGAAGACACAUCUGGACCAGACUAUAACUAUAUUCUUGGCAUGCCACUGUGGAACCUCACUAAAGAGAAGAAGGAUGAGUUGGUGAAACAGAGGGAUCUCAAGGUAAGUCAGGAUAUAAAAAAUGCAUAGUUUAUAACAGAUAUGUUCUAAUUUGUCAUAGUGUAUCACAAUGAUUUAGUUAUAACCCAUGAACUGUCAAGAGCAAUUGGGCUGUGAUGUUAAAUUUCUUUUUUUAAAGUAACCUUAUGUAUAACUAAAAUUCCCAAAGCAAAAGAAAAUGAAUCCCAAGGCCCAUAUAAGUAUACAUAUUUACAUAUUUUAUCUAGUCAUUGCGACAGUUGGUGGGUUAGGUUGAUUUGGGCAAAUCAGCUUGCUCACUAUUUUCAAAAUAUUCAGUAAUCGAUUCUUCUGAUACUCCUCACUGUAAGAACAUUUAUUCUGAAUAAGGAAUCAUGCUGCUCUACAUAUUUUGACAUUUCCUUACCUAAUUACAAAAUUGUCUUUCUUUGCCUACUGUUGAAGCUUUUUUUCCUCAUGUUUAGAUGAUAAGAGGAUUUGAUAAUUUUAUUGGAUGCAUUAUUUCAAGUAAUUAGCAUUUUCUUAAGUUUUACAUUGAAAGCCCUUGCUACUAAUGCUAAUUAUAGUGAUUUGUCAUGUAUUCAGUUGAUUAAUGUAUUCUCAUAAAUGAGGUUCUCUGACUUGGCAUCAGACUUUUAAAACUUAGCAAGGAAAUCUUUUAAUACUACAGUGAAAACUAGCCAUAACUUGCUAAAAGACGAAUAUGGGUCCAUAAAAUCAGGUCAAGUUAAAGCAGGGUUUUACUAUAUUUAACUGUUUAAAAAAGAAAGACUUGUAUUCAUGUCUAAUGUAAAAAAUCAUUGGUUACUAUGCAACAUAUACAUUAUUUAAAGCCUAUUACUUUAUAGCAGGCCUGCACAACUCAAAAUGUAAGACGGGCCGUAAUACUUUAUGAAAAACUUGUGCGGGCCAAAAGAAAAUAAGACAUGACUUGUGCGGGCCAAAAGAAAAUAAGACAUGACUUGUGCGGGCCAAAAGAAAAUAAGACAUGACUUGUGCGGGCCAAAAGAAAAUAGGACGGGGGAAAAGCUAUUAAGAAAAAAAUAAGAAUAAAGAAUAUUUCACUACCUCGCGGGCCACAAAUUGGGUGCUGGCAGGCCGUCUGUUGUCCAGGCCUGCUUUAUAGCAAGGUUUUGCUGUACCGACAACAGGAUUAUGGAAAGAAAUCUUUUCAUUUUUGAAGUUUUUGGCUUUAACAAUACCACUUAAAAUACAAUUUUCAAUCAGUAUUAAUCUUUUUUUUCUUCUCUUUAGGCUGAUGAGCUCAGAUGUCUUCGUAAGAAAUCACCCAAAGACUUGUGGAGAGACGAUCUUGAAGCCUUGCUUGUUGCAUUAGAGGUAUAUUAUUUGUACAAUGACUAAAGGAAGUUUCAAACUUUUGAGAGACUUGCAAUUAUAUUUUUGGUAAGGCAUAAAUAUUAAAAUCCAAAAUCUAAGAUUCGAUUUAAACAACAUAUAUUUGAGUAUAACAGUAACAUUUUGAAAGAUAGCAAAUGGUUAAUUAGUCAAAUUCAUUUAUAUAAAAAAAAAGGCUGUAAAAUAAAUCUGCAAGAUUACAGAUAACCCAACUCUCAAGUGAUGACUGACUAUAUUUUCUAUUUUCUUAUUUGAUUUAUUCACUGAAUAACUUGCUUAAUUUUAGUUGUACUGUUCAAUAUUUUACAGGAAGUGGAACGUAUGGAGAAAGAAAGCGAAAAGGAUGUCAAGCCAGUAAAGUUGGGAAAGAUAGGAAAAGUCAAACCUAAAAAAGCUCUGAUGGACACUUUACCAUCUCCAAUGGGCAGGAGAAUUGUGCCCAAGAUAAGCUCAGCAGUCAAGAACAAGUCUGAAGGGGCUAGAAAACUCUUCAAAGAUAAGGUUAGUUUUAGCGCAAAAGUGCCUCAGUUAAUGUAGUUGUAUUAUUUAAAAAUUCUAGAUUAAAUCUAUUUUUAAAAUGGUUUCUUCUGUAGCUUCUUAUUGCAAUGAACGCCUUAGAUUUGAACAUCAAAAAUGAAUUGCAUAUUGAAAGUUUUAAAAGAAAUUAUGAAAUUUUUGAAUAUUAUUUCAAUGUUGUUGUUUUUUUUUUGAAGUGCUUGCAAAUGGAUUGUGAAAAUAAAGAUGAAGAUAUCUAAGAGGAAUUUUAAAUUGUUUUGGUUCAGAUUAAGAAAGAGACAGGGGAGGAAGACCCACAAGCAGACCAAGUUAAUUCCUUUGAUGACAUCAAAACAGAAAAUAUGAAAACAGAAGAAUCAUCACCAAAUGCGGCGACCGCUGCACCAGGUCGAGGUAAAGGUGCUGGAAGAGGAUCUCGGGGUGGCAGGGGAAGAGCUGGAGCCUCAGGAGGCAGAGGUGGUGCUUCAGGAACUGCCGGUAAUGCACCAAUUUGAUAAUUAAAUGGUUAAUAAAUUUGGCAGCUCAUUUGCUUUUACGAAAACCAGUAGAUUUAUUUCAGAGUGGCUUUGAAUGUGUUGUGGGUUGUCAUGGUUUCACGUUUGAAAUUUGAUACCCGAUGUUGAUUUUAAAAUAUAUCAUCUUUUAGAAAAACAAUACAAACACUAACAAUGCUAACAUUACAAGGUUGAUUUCAUUCCCUUUAAAAUAGUUUUCCUUUUUAUUUCAAUUUAUUUAAUUUGCAUGAUUUUGAUUGAGUUUACAUAAUUAUUUGUUUAUAGCGCCCAGAGAGAAAAAGACAUCCUCGUCUCCGACAAAAGGCAAAAAGAAAAAGAAGAACCCAUGGUCCGACAGUGAGGAGUCUGUGGAUAUUUCAGAUGUUAGUGAUUUAGAUGAGAGUUCCGGUUUCAAACAAGAGCUUGUUAUACCACGUGAGACUGCACGCAGAGCAGCUGGUGUGUACCAAAUGUCCUAUCUUUUUAUUGUGCUUUUUUUACUUUAAAAAAUGUUUAUUUCACUUUUCAAACUUGAUACCAUUAGAUUUACAAAUAAUUUCUGUAUUUCUCUUACAUGCACCCAUGUUUUGUUAUGCUGUGAUGCAUUAUUUUUAGAACGACCAUUUUUACACUUUACGAAAAGAUUUAUAAUGUUGACUUAUUUACCUUCUCUUUCAGCUGCUCAAGUCAAAUAUAAUUUUGACAAUGAGGAUGAAAGUGAGGUAGAGGAAGAUAAAGAAGAAGACUUUAAACCUUAUGACCCAGAUACAGGCACGAUUGGAUCUGUAUCAAAUGGGGAUCAUGAUAACGGCAUCAAUGGUGCCUCAGACGAGGACUUUGUUAUAAGCAGUGAUGAAGAAAAGAAAAAACCUAAAGCUAAACCUAAGCCGCCUAAAGAGACUGCCCCUAGUAAGCCAGCUGUGGCACCAAGUAAGCCAGCCGCCUCUACUAAGCCAGCUGCUCCCAAAAAGUAAGCCCAUUCUCAUCUCAUUUUUAGUUGUAGGCCAUCAUUUGUGGUUGAUGACAAGAAUUUUUUUUUUUCAAUGCCAGUUUGAUGUAGGAUAAAGGAUCACCUUAGUUAUGGGUAUUAUUGUUGUUUUUUUUUUAAAUACAAAAACUCACUCGGUUGUAGGAGUUGCAACUAUAUUUUUGCUGUUGUUAUACUGUUGAGAUAGGCCAAACAGACCCUUUCUUUGCUUCUUCUGUAGGGUCAAUCAAGUAACUUAUUAAUUCAUAUUUAUUUAUUGAAAUAAUAAGGCAAAAUGACAUUAAUUUAUGUUUAAAGAGCUCUGUUACUUAAUGGUAUAUUUCAUGCAUAUUACCAGUAUUUAAUUAUACUCAUUAAACACACACCAUAAAAGAUCAAUUCAGCUUGGGCAAGAGUUGUAAAUUCAAGACUUGAAAAGCAAGUUGUUCUCAUUGAAAAAUGAACAUCUGAACACACCACAAAGAAAUUUCCAACUGAAUAAACACUGCUUUUCAAAACAGACAUCAGAAGACAUCUGUGUGCCUGAGUUCUGGUUUGUAAUACAGAUAACAAUAAAGGUGCACUUACAUUCACAUGAAUGACCCAAGUUUGUUUUUUUAUUUUUUUCAGAGCACCGGCUAAGAAAGCACCAAAGAAAGCAGAUAAACUGCCCGACCUGUCCUCUGAUAGUGAAAAUGAAGAAAAAACUCACUCUAAAGCUUGUAAGUUGAACUGUUUCACAAAGACACUAUCUUGUGGGUAUGAAAGGGAUGGCUGAACACUCAAAAUUAUGUUAUUGUACAGGUGUGGGGCUAGCAACAGAAGUUGAUGAAAUUUACUCCUUAAAGUAGAGCUUAACAUUUUAAGAAGACGAUGAUUUUUGCCUUCAAGAAACUGCAUUUUUAGAUUAUUUGUUUUUAUGUAUACAGUAUUGAGCAAUAAGGAACUGUACCCAGUUAGUGAUGAUGAUGAUGAUGAGAUGUUCAAGCCAAAACCGGCCCCUGCUCCUAAGGCAAAACCUAAAGGUUAGUAGUUGUUCUUUAUUCCUGCGUUAUCAUUCCUUCAAAUUUCAUCAGCACUCUAAAAACCCAUAAGACAUGAAAUAAAAAAAGCAAGCAGACAAAUAAAUGUCAUCUGUGCUGUCCGCUUUAGACUAAUGUCAUUUUCUUCUUUCCAUCAGAGACAGCUCCCAAGAAAACAGCUGCCCCCAAACCUAAGAAGACAACUCAGAUUUCAUCAGAUGAUGACAGUCCUGUUAAAGCUAAAAAGAAACCAGCUGCCAAAAAACGUGCCAUGCUGGAUGAUUCUGAUUCAGACAGCUUUAUUCCUUCAAAGAAACCAGCAGGAACUGUGAGUAUACUUGAAAUUAUUUUUAUAUGAUCGGAGUGUACAGGAAUUGGAUUCACAUUGUUAGUAGCAAACAGCAAUACAUACAUAUCUGACUGAAAUUAGCAUUCAUGUGUAAAUAAUAAAAAAAAUUUAAUGCACCGUCAAAAUAUCUGAUCAUCAUUCCGUUAGGGAUGUUUAUGUAGCAUUACAUCUAAUAUAAUUCACAUCUACAAAAAUUAAUAUUAUAUAUGCCAGUAAUUUUUUUUAAAGGGGGGCAACUCUAAUAAAUUAGAUUUACUUCCUAUUUUUUUUAGAUAUUUUUGUUGAUCUAGAAAACAGAUAAAUAUUGCACAUGUUUUUUAAAAUUAUUUUUAAAAAAAUUUGAAUCAAUCUGAAAAUUUGAUGUUUUUUGUUAAAAAUAAUUUGUAGGACUCAGAUGUUGGCCCUGCUAAACAAAACCCUAAUUUAUUUGAAUUAUUUCAUUAUGGAAGUGAUUUUGAAGAUAGUUUUUUCAUGGUAGUGAUCUGAUUUUUAAAUAUAUUUUUUUUUGGUUUGUUUCUAUAAACCUAAAUAAUUUAUAUUUUCUUAACUGAAAGAAAUAUGUUUAAUGUGUCAGAAAAACGGAUUUAGAUGAUAAAAAAGUCCCAACAGUGUGGGUGUGAGUUGAAAGAACAGAAGAACAAUUGUACUCACUGUUGGAAGGUCAAGGUCAUAUCAUUUCACAUAGCUCUCAGAUUUCCAACAAACGAUUUAUGAUUCCUUGUCCAAUUCACUCUCAGAAUAUCUAAACUUAAAUGGGUCUUUUUUAUUUUUUAUUUUUUAAAAUUAUAUUUUUUAUUACGUUUGGUUAUUUUAGUGAUGCAUAUCAAAGUUAUUCAAAAAAGAGUGUUGCCACCACCGCAUGUUUACAUUUGGCAUUUGGUAGGGUAAUAGGAUUAACAUUAUUAAUAAUGUCAUCAUUAAUAGAUUUAAUGAAUUUACCUUUUAAAAAAAUGGUAAUAUGGACUCUACUAUUUUCAAGUAAAAACAGAAAUUCUUGUUCUUCUCCAUUUAUCAAAUGACUGCUACUGUAAUGCGCAUUACAUCUAAUAUAAUUCACAUCUACAAAAAUUAAUAUUAUAUAUGCCAGUAAUUUUUUUUAAAGGGGGGCAACUCUAAUAAAUUAGAUUUACUUCCUAUUUUUUUUAGAUAUUUUUGUUGAUCUAGAAAACAGAUAAAUAUUGCACAUGUUUUUUAAAAUUAUUUUUAAAAAAAUUUGAAUCAAUCUGAAAAUUUGAUGUUUUUUGUUAAAAAUAAUUUGUAGGACUCAGAUGUUGGCCCUGCUAAACAAAACCCUAAUUUAUUUGAAUUAUUUCAUUAUGGAAGUGAUUUUGAAGAUAGUUUUUUCAUGGUAGUGAUCUGAUUUUUAAAUAUAUUUUUUUUUGGUUUGUUUCUAUAAACCUAAAUAAUUUAUAUUUUCUUAACUGAAAGAAAUAUGUUUAAUGUGUCAGAAAAACGGAUUUAGAUGAUAAAAAAGUCCCAACAGUGUGGGUGUGAGUUGAAAGAACAGAAGAACAAUUGUACUCACUGUUGGAAGGUCAAGGUCAUAUCAUUUCACAUAGCUCUCAGAUUUCCAACAAACGAUUUAUGAUUCCUUGUCCAAUUCACUCUCAGAAUAUCUAAACUUAAAUGGGUCUUUUUUAUUUUUUAUUUUUUAAAAUUAUAUUUUUUAUUACGUUUGGUUAUUUUAGUGAUGCAUAUCAAAGUUAUUCAAAAAAGAGUGUUGCCACCACCGCAUGUUUACAUUUGGCAUUUGGUAGGGUAAUAGGAUUAACAUUAUUAAUAAUGUCAUCAUUAAUAGAUUUAAUGAAUUUACCUUUUAAAAAAAUGGUAAUAUGGACUCUACUAUUUUCAAGUAAAAACAGAAAUUCUUGUUCUUCUCCAUUUAUCAAAUGACUGCUACUGCAAGAAAAACUAUAAUAAUUUAAUUUAAUAAAAGUGGUAUGUACCUUUCUACACAGCUGCUUGUAAAUUUUAGCAACAACCCUGGACGAUAACUUAUUAAAGUGUACUUUCAAUUCAUUUCAAUUGGUGGUGCCAAUCACUGUGACGAGUGAGGAGGACUUAAUGAAUCCUAGUGCCCAUGCAUGGGACGCUCUUGAUAUUAAUCUAAAUAUAUUUAAAAUGUCUCAAAUACUUUCCAUGGUUUUAAUUUCUUUUUCUUCACAUUUUCAAAGUUAUAAAGGUAUUGACUUGAAAUGGUAUACUGUGCCUAUCUGGUACUUAUUAGGCCAAUACAGUUGUGGUCAAGUCUUCAUAAAAAUCAAAACCACUCCUGCAACACUAUAAAUAUCAAACAAAACCUGACCCACCAAUAUUUAUUUUUCCACUAGAAAAAAACCAUCAAAGAGGACAGUGAGUCUGAAGAUGUCUCAUUUAAGCCAGCGGCACCAAGGACAACAACUGGACGGGCUAAAGCCCCUGUCAAGUAUAACUUCUCCAGUGAGGAUGAUGAUGACGACUUUAAUUAAUGGAUGUGAGCGAAUUUUGGUGUGUGACAGAUUCAUUGAUGUAUGUCUGGUUUAUAAUUUCACAUGUAAUAGUUAACUCUUAUAUCUUAUAAAAUCCUGUGUGUUCUUACAUUUUAGAUGUAAAAUAGCAUCAUCAUUUUACCACAGUCACUUGAUUAUACAUAUUUUUGUGAUGUUUUUAAUCCUUGGAUGGGAAUUACACAUUCUUGACUCUUGACAUGAUAUGUUCAUGUAAGUGUCAUGGUCAGUUAGUUCUGCUAGUUACAUGAGUGGGAGUUUUCUGUCUAAUCUAUCAAACAUUUAUGAUUUUAAAACAAGUCUCAAGCCUUUUUUCAUUCUCAUUUCUUUGUAAGUUAGUUAGUAUGUUUGAAUCAAAGCACAUGAAUUUCAUUAAAGGUAAUAAUAAUUGUUUUCAGUCAAGAAUGAAUUACUUUUUUGGGACUUACAUUUUUAAAAAAAUCAUCUACUAUCACUACAUUUUAAAGAUAAAAACUUUUUGUUGAGUAAAACAUUUUGUAAUAUCACUAAAUACUGUAAUUCUCCAAUAGAUCUGUUUUGUAGCUAUUUUUUGUAUUAUCCUGCAUGUUGGACAGCAGGUGGAAAAGAAAUGUGGACAUAUUAGUUUGAAUACCAAGGUUUUUAAACUAGUUGUAAGAGCAGGUAUGAUUCAGAAUUGUAUUAUUCAAUUUGCCCAUUUGAGGUAUUUACUAAACACAAUUUAAAAAAUUGUGGAUAUGGGAACUAUGUAUCCAUGUUAAUAAAGAACACUGUCUAGAGUGAAGAUUUAAGCAAUCUAUUGAUUAUACCUUCGUUCAUCCCUUGAGAGAAAGAGAGAAUAAAAGCCUUUUUUUUUUUUUAAAAUCUCACAAUUUACCAUGCAACAAUUUUGUAAUUUUUACAUUAUGUCUUGGCUGUACAUAAUUUUGUGUCACUCAUUUCAAUCUGUGAAUGCAAACUUUAUAUGUUGAUGAUCUGAUGCAUUUUUUAUGUUCACUCAUACUGCCACCAUGUACAUAUGUCUUAACAAAUGUCAACACACCCAUCAAGUACUCCUCCAUCAAUUUUUAUCAUACCACAAGAUUUUUGCAGUCACCAACUAUGUAUAUUUAUUGUAACUUUUAAAUUCAAUACGAUAAGUAAUUUAUUUGCAGGUAGUUAACUUGUCCUCAUGAAUGCAACUACUUGCUAUGAAGUAGCCAACCUUCAUUUGUUCUUUUUUAAAGAAAUUGUUUACACUAAGGGAAGCCAUUUAUAGAAUCAUAUAUUUUUAGUGUUGUUAACUCAAAUUUUUAUUAUCAAUGCCCCUUGAUUGUGAAGAAUGUUUCUUUCUAAUAAGUUACCAAAAAAGCAUUUUUAAAUGUUUAUUACAAAUAUAUCUUUCAACUAUGGUUUUAUCCCAUUGUUUUUUAAGCUUACAGGAAUAAUUGAGCGGUUGAAAUUGAUAUUUUUUCUUUAUCAUGUUGUCUCUCUAGUGGUCUUGUUAAUUCAAAUGUAAUAAACAUUUUAACACAAGCCAGCUUAUCUUUUUUUUAUCUUGCACCUUUUUCUAGCUAUUUUGUCUCAAAAUAAUUCACAAAAUAGUUUGUUUUUCAAAAUAUCUAAUUACUUUUGUUCAAUAACAGUAUUUUUU